AUGGCAGCAUCUCUAGGGGAUGAUGAACUCCGUCGAGAAUUAAAAGCUUUAGGUGUGGACGCUGGCCCCAUUACUGCAACGACGAGGUCUGUGUACGUAAAAAAACUUGAAAAGCUACAGAAAGAGAGAAAACAACCUCUCACAGCGCCUGCACCUAAGGAAUUUGCACAAGCACCUAAACAAAAUGCAAAGAUUCGCAAACCUACGAAUGUUGCAACUCAAAAAGACGUCGUUUCCACUCCUGUGCUUCCCACACUUGAGUCCUCAAAUGUGCAUAACAUAAGAAGUCCUUUUAUCAUUAGUCGUAAACGAAACAUAAUUGAGGAGAAUCGAGAACAUGCAACUGAAGGAGAUAGACACUUAGGUAAUAAAUUAUUUUCGAGCACCAAAGUACAAUCCACCAGACAUGAAAUGGUGGACUUAUCUGAACCAUACACUGACAUUUUUCCAAGUUCCAGCCAAUUGGAAUCAUCCAAAGUCACAGGUACAUUUCACAAUGAUACAGACGAGAUUUCUUCAACAGCAUCACGAAGACCGACUUCUGUGCGAAAUUUUUCACGAAGUUUUACUAAAAGUACCACAAACUACGCACCAACCAAAAAAACCUAUGUCUACAUUAGAGAAGAUUCUGCCGAUGAAGACGAUACAGACGAAGAAUCUACUAAACCAAGUCCAGUCUCAUCGACGUUAUCGAGAGUUGCUGGCUGGCUAAACCGAAGUGCUCAUGAAUUCGCUAAACCUAAAUCUCCAGGAAAUGAGUCUCAUUACGUAAAAUCUACGCCUCGUCCGCGUCAUUCUGUCCAUAACGACCGCCUGCAAAUAUCAGAUACGGAUAACUCCGAUAUAGAAAACUCUACUCGUAGUCCGUUCUUCAAGCAACUGUACUCCUCUCCUUUCAGAAACAUGAAAUCUCGGGAUACUGGGAUAACAACAUCUCCUGGCCUCUUAUUCACUCCUCCAUCUAGAAGUUUUGAAAGGUCAAAACACCAUGGUACUUCUGUGCUUUCUGAAGAUGCUGAUAUGGAUGAUCCCUCCAGUAGCGAAAAGCAAUAUAAUCAGAAGAAGAAUGUCCCCAGUAGUCUUUUAUUUGGGAAGUAUUUUUCAAGCAAUGUUUCAUACAUUCCUAAUUUAAUACUUAUUUCAAGUAUUUCCCUAUUUGUUAUAUUGGUGGCCAGUUACUUAUUUUUGAGGGAUCAUCAUGGAGAAGUUGGAAAAAUGGCAGAUGUACAGAAGCUGCUUUGUCGAUCUUCGGAUGGUGAAUAUGCGAAGGGUUUGCAUCGCUGCCUCCAUGACGAAGAUUUAACUGCAACCUUAUCAGUUCUUGGCACUUUGUAUGAUAUUCUCAGUCGAUAUGCUGGAGAGUUUCACUGUAAAAUUGGAUCACUGAAUAGCCCUCGUCUAUCUGUUUCCACCGCAGAGCGUUUAGUUGAACAUAAUUUACAAAUGAAAGGUUGGCCAUUAUUUCGAAAGACUGAUUUUCAUCGUGUAUGGGAGAAUACACUAUACGUGUUAUUGCAUGUUGGAAAAAAGCAUUUUCAUCUGGUCGCCAUUGAUGCUACUAACUCUGCACUAGGACCAUUCAGUCAUGUAGGGCAAAUUGUCGAAUUGGAAAGUCUCCAACCAUAUUUUCCUGGUGUUUGUCGCCUACGUCAGUGGUUUCAAUGGUUCACCGGUGUGUGCACAACAGUAUUGUGCAUCGCUUUAGUAUGCUUGGUUAUUUCGUUCUUGGCGUAUGGCGUGUAUCUACUACGUUCCAGGAGAUUGCGAGCGCUAGAACGCCAGGCUUGUCGAGUGAGAGAAUUAGUAGCUGAAGUUGUGUAUUUGUUACAAAAUCAACUACGAGAAAAUGAAGCAAACCCUGAUCAACCUCCGUAUAUUCCUGUCUACGUGAUACGCGAACGUUUAAGACAGAAACACCAUGAUGUUGAAAAGCUAUGGUCAGAAAUUGUACGUUACGUUUAUGAAGUUGAAACAUGUAUUGCUGUCCAAGAAUGGCGAGGUAUCGGUGAGACAUGGCAAUGGCAAAGUGGUACGGGUUGGCAAGGUUCAGCCGUUAUGGACAAGUCACAGAAGCCAAGCUUUAUUGUCCCUCCUACAGAGUGUUUAAAAAUUAGAAAUAUGUUUUCUACUGAGGGUAUUGAUGAACGUGGACGAAGACGCAUUAAACGUGAACUCCUGAAGAAAUUAAUCUCUUGUGGACCGAUUUUACAUAUUGGUCUGGAUAGUGUUAGAACAAAUGGUUUAGUAUACGUCAAAUGUGCAGAUGCUGAUACUGCAGGCCGCGUAUUUCAUUCAAUACACGCCAAUUAUUUUGAUGGUCGUUUGUUAACUGUCAAAUUCCUAAGAGAUGCAAAGUAUUGUUUACGUUUUCCUGAAGCUCACAAUGUAAAACAACCCCUUCGAUUAGGCGAUUUUGAAUAA